CGAUAACACUUUUUAACAUCGUAACGUUUUUCUGGAAUAAAUUAUCAUAUCAAGAUUUUGAUUUUGGACUUUGGUGUUUAUGCCAUGAUAACCUAAACCGAUCAAAAGACGCGGAAAUCCCCCACCCACCUAUGAGCGUCACCGAACGAAAUUAUAUUUGUUGUGAAAUCGAGGCGUGAUCAUUUCAUACUUAGUACCUUAUACCGAAUACCUUAUAGUUUAUACCAAUAACCUAAUACCGAUUCAUAUAUUUUCAAUUCGUCAGGUUUCUUUCCCGAGUUCCAGACUUUGGUAGUUCUUCUGUGAUUAUAAACAUUUGCGAUUUGCGCGACUUCGGACUUAGUCACUAACUGAAAUGGAUACUUUAAUAGAACAGCAACGUCGUUACCACGAAGAACGAGAACGGUUAGUUGAUGCUAUGGUUAAAGAAAUGCUGUGGAAAAAAUCUACGACCAGAGAUAUUAUUAAUUCCGAACACAGACAAAAAUUGUUGCUUGAUCAAUAUAUGGAAGGAACUAAUAAACUAAAAGAGUUUUAUGAAGAUAAAGAUGGCUUACGCAAAGAAGAAAUUACAUCCAUCACUGGUCCAAAUGAGUUUGCUGAAUUUUAUUUUCGUUUAAAAGGCAUUAAAGAUUUUCAUAAGAAACAUCCAAAUGAAAUAUCAGUGCCGUUAUCUGUUGAGUUUGAAGAUUUGAAUAACCUCCGUGAGAAUCCUUCAGAGGAAAUGACCAACAUGGUAGAUUUCACCGAUGAAGAAGGUUAUGGAAGAUAUUUGGAUUUACAUGAAUGCUAUGAAAGGUAUGUGAAUUUAAAAGGAGUUGAAAAAGUUGAUUACAUUACUUACCUAUCCAUGUUUGAUCAUUUGUUUGAUAUUCCUAAAGACCGUAAAAAUUCAGAAUAUAGAAAAUAUGUAGAUAUUUUAUUGGAAUACUUGCAUGGUUAUUAUUUAAGAAUAAAACCUUUACAUGAUGUUGACAAUGAAAUGGAUACUGUUCGAAUUGAGUUUAUAAAUCAAUGGGAAGAAGGUACUUUUCCAGGUUGGCCGAAAGAUACAAGUAGUGCUUUAGCCAAUGUUGGAGCACACUUAGAUUUGUAUGCCUUUUCUUCUUGGGAAGAAUUAGCCUCUCUUGGACUAGAUCGUUUGAAAUCGGCUUUGAUGGCAUUAGGAUUGAAAUGUGGCGGAACUCUGGAAGAAAGAGCUCAACGUUUAUUUUCGACCAAAGGAAAAACUUCAUUGGAUCCUUCUUUGUUAGCCAAGGGUAAGCCAGGAAAAAUGAACCGCACUAAAGAACAAGAAAGACAAAAGGAAUUAGCAAUGCUUGAGGCGCAAGUAUAUAGGUUCUGUGAACUCCUAGCCGAACAGAGAUUAGCAACUAAAGAGAAUGUUCAAAGAAGACAAGCUCGAACUGAGGGAGAACGCGAUGAUUCAGAAAAUGAGGCAAGUGCUUCAGAGUCUGAUGAUGAACAAGGAGAAGAUAUCCCUUAUAAUCCAAAAAAUUUACCUCUUGGUUGGGAUGGAAAGCCGAUUCCGUAUUGGUUAUAUAAGUUACAUGGAUUAAAUAUUAGCUAUAACUGUGAGAUUUGUGGUAAUUUUACGUAUAAAGGUCCCAAAGCAUUCCAGCGACAUUUUGCUGAAUGGAGACAUGCACAUGGCAUGAGAUGUUUGGGUAUACCAAAUACUGCACAUUUUGCUAAUGUCACACAAAUUGAAGAUGCACUUGCACUUUGGGAAAAAUUAAAAACAAUGAAACACGAUGAGCGGUGGCAACCAGAGAAUGAGGAAGAAUUUGAAGAUUCUCAAGGAAAUGUAGUCACUAAGAAAACUUAUGAAGAUCUCAAGCGACAAGGCUUAUUGUAGUAUUUAAAAUAAACAAUUAAUUAGUAUUUUGUUUAUAAUGUAUUGAAUAUAAUUUAUGGACCAUGAUUUAAUUUUAAAAUAUUAAUUAAACCUAAAAUUGUAUUUCAUAAAAUACAACCAGAAAGUUUUUAUUUACUCUUA